UAUAAACGGCUCCCAAAAAGCCGUUUCUACAGUUUCUUCAUCUUCCUAUCUCUACAAAAUAUACCUAUGAAGGCUCAUGUAUGAAUUUUAACUAUUCUUUUAUCAAGAUGUGGUGGGUUGUUUAUAUGGAGUUGGUGAUAUGGAGAGCGCUGGAUCGAAGUGGAGAAAAAGAGACAUCCAAAUUGUUACUGAUUAGUACAACAUACACGUACAAGUAGAAGACAAUACCGGAAAAACUACUUUUGUCUUAUUCAAUGACAUGGCUGAGAAACUCCUUGAUACAUCAGCUCACAAGUUGUUUAACAAGCUAUCAUCGUUAGAUAACAACGAUGUUCCUGCCCACAUUCAAAGCCUUUGUGGGAAAGAUUUGAUUUUUAAGCUUAAAUUAAACAGUUACAAUUUGAAAGAGAGGCUUGAAAAUUUUACUGUAUCAAAGCUUUGGAUUGCAGAUGAAAAAUUAGAAUUAGAGUACAAGCUGAUGAAAGAGAAAAAGAAUUUGAUAGAGGAUGAAAGUGAGCCAAAAGAUCGCGUUCCCAAAGAACUGUCCACAGAAAAGGUAUCUUUUGACAUCUUAUUGGAUAAAUUAGAAGAUCAUGAGGAAGAAGUGCAUGUCAUUGAUGGGGCUAACAGUAGGAAAAGAAGAAACCUAAUCAUAGAGGAAGAUGACUUAAUUGAUGAAGACACAAAUAAGUUCAAGAAGUAGAG